AUGGUUUCUUCUCCCUACCCAGUUCCCAGGAUGACUGAGUGGGAGACAGCUGCGCCCGCAGUGGCGGAAACCCCGGACAUCAAACUUUUUGGGAAGUGGAGUACAGAUGAUGUGCAGAUCAACGACAUUUCUCUGCAGGACUACAUUGCAGUGAAAGAGAAGUAUGCCAAAUACCUGCCCCACAGUGCAGGGCGCUAUGCCGCCAAACGCUUCCGUAAGGCCCAGUGCCCCAUUGUGGAGCGCCUUACCAACUCCAUGAUGAUGCACGGCCGCAAUAACGGCAAGAAGCUGAUGACUGUGCGCAUCGUCAAGCAUGCUUUUGAGAUAAUCCACCUGCUCACCGGCGAGAACCCUCUGCAGGUUCUGGUGAAUGCCAUCAUUAACAGUGGUCCGCGGGAGGACUCCACACGCAUUGGACGAGCGGGAACAGUGAGGCGUCAGGCUGUGGACGUGUCCCCGCUGCGCCGAGUGAACCAGGCCAUCUGGUUACUGUGCACGGGUGCACGUGAGGCUGCCUUCCGGAACAUCAAGACUAUUGCUGAGUGUCUGGCAGAUGAGCUCAUCAACGCAGCCAAGGGCUCCUCCAACUCCUACGCCAUCAAGAAGAAGGAUGAGCUUGAGCGUGUGGCCAAGUCCAACCGCUGAUCUAGCUGUGGCCCAAUAAACUUUUCAGCCCUUGGGGCAGU